AUGAUGCAUUUUUCGCGCAAGGCAAUACGAAUUAAAGAACGAGAAGCUAGACGUGCGGAGUUGGAUGGUCGAUUCGGUUUGGUCUUCGAGAAGGUUGCAGAUUUCUUCAGAGUUGAAAAGAACUUUGUCGAAGAGUCCGUUUUGUCUAAAAAUCAGGAAAUCACGUUUAUCGGAAUGGACUUCUCACGUGGUGUACUGCACAGUCUUGAGGACCUGAUGACAACUUUAAUAGCUCCUCAACUAAGCAAUGUACCAGACAAAAUGCUAACUGCAAAAUCCGCGUGUGAGGAGUUCAACAAGCAAGAACUUAUGGAUCAAAUUGAAAACUUUGUGGGAAUUCUGUGCAACUCUUCCGAAAUUCUCGAGAACCAAGUAAUUUUGAAACCGUGUAGUGAACGACUUCUGUCCGGAUUGAAAUCCCUGCCGGAAGACCGUUCCAUAGUGCCCAGUCCGAGUUUACUGGUCGACGCAGAAGCUUGCGUUUCUGUGUGGAUUGGCCAACUGGAGCAGGUGUUGGGCAUUUCCGACCAGAUUCGCAAAGAAUCGGACGAUACAGGUCCACGCGUCGAGCUGGACUACUGGCGUCGACGAAUGGCCACAUUCCAUUCUCUGGUACAUCAGAUGCAAAACCCAUUGCAUAAAUCACUACUGGCUGUUUUGCAACUGCACAAGUCGAAACUAAUCAAGGUGGGUGUGAAAAUGGUCUGCUUUUUCUAUACGGAUCUUCGAACGAAACACCAGAUUUUUGGUCAUUGA